AUGUCAUCUCCUUCACAACAACAACAAUUACAUACAGUUUUAAUAACAGGUGGAUGUGGUUGUAUUGCCCAACACUUAACAAAGGAAUUAUUAUUAAAUCAUGAAGAAUUAAAUAUUGAUAAAAUUAUUUUACUUGAUGUUCAACGUGAAUGGACUCCUUUCUGGCAUGUUUACAAUAAUUCUAAUACUAUUAAUAAUACUACUACUAUUGAAUCUAAUAAUGAUGAUAAUUCUAAUAAUAAUUCUAAUUCUAAUAAUAAUAUAUGGAAAUAUCCAAGUUUAGAAAUUGAAAAGGAAAAGAUAAAAUUCUAUCAAAUUGACAUAAAAGCACAUAAAUUAGUAAUAGAAAGACCAUUUAAAGAAAAUCAAAAAUUAAAUUCACUCGUAUUAACACUUUGUAUGACUAUAUAUGGUGAAGGUGAUCAAAAUACUUUAAAUUUAAUUCAAUCAAAUAGAACUAAUUUAGAUAUAUCUGCAAAAGGUCAUUCUUUAUAUGCAGGUAAUGCUGCACAUGCUCAUAUUUUAGCAUUUAAACAACUUUUAAAUAAUCCAAAUAUGGUAAGAGGAAUGACAUUUUCAGUACAUGAAAAUAAUUUUGGACAAUUAUAUUUUAAAGCCUUGAGAGGUAUUAUGAAAAUUACUAAAUUUGUAAUUGAUGUUACUUAUUUAAAUAGAUAUGAUGAUUUUGAUUUGAAAAAUAUUGAAAAAUAUUUAAAUUAUAAACCAAAAUAUAAAAGUGAACAAGCCUAUGAUAGAAUUGCACAUUAUUUAAAAUCAUUAGAAAAAUUAGGUAAAAUUAAAUUACCAAAAAUGUAA